AUGGCAAGCAACGCCGACGAUGAAUUCUCUAGCUUGCAAUUGCAGGGAGGAGACAUUACAAGACAGGUUUAUAGGUGGGCUGAGGAUGCCGAAGCCGGGAAUUCUGUACGAAGACAUCUACGAAGUAAGAGUUUCAGUCUCAGUAGACCUACGCCGGAGGAGGAAACCAUGGACAUCAAUACCAUCCGGGUGCCAGGAGGUUUCAGAAGAGACUUCAUACGAAGGACUGCAGGCAGUCCUCAUCCUGGAAGUACCGACGGCCGCGCAAAAGCGUCAGCGACUCAUCAUCAGCUCCAUACCAGCAGCUUCCUGGAGUUUCUCACCCUCUACGGUCACUUCGCGGGAGAAGAGCUAGAAGAGGACGACGAGGUUCUAGGGCCCGAUGAGUAUUUCUCCUCAGAACCCUGGGACGAAGCAGAAGAGAGAGAACCAGGGGAAGACUCGGCUUUGCUCCGACCAGAAACUCCUGGCCGAAGGAAGCGUAAACCAAAACCGCGCGGUGGAACGGGAACCAACACAAGGACAGGAGCUGCUCUACUUCUACUCAAAUCGUUUGUCGGCACGGGUGUUCUCUUCUUGCCAAGGGCUUUCCUGAAUGGUGGGAUGUUAUUCAGCAGUUUGGUUUUGCUUGCUGUAUCCAUACUCAGCUUCUAUUGCUUCAUUCUUCUGGUCAACACCCGCUUGAAGAUCGAAGGCUCCUUCGGUGACAUUGGUGGUGCUCUCUUUGGAAAACAUAUGCGCCGGAUCAUCCUCGGAUCUAUUGUUCUCAGUCAACUGGGAUUUGUCUCGGCAUACAUCGUCUUCACUGCUGAGAACCUCCAGGCCUUCGUCCUGGCUGUCAGCAAAUGCAAGUCGUUCAUCGACAUCAAGUUCAUGGUGCUGAUACAAUUGGUCAUAUUUCUGCCUCUCUCGCUAAUUCGUGACAUUGGGAAGUUGGGUUUCACCGCACUUGUGGCAGAUGUGUUUAUUCUACUGGGGCUCAUUUAUCUCUAUUACUACGACGUUGCCACUAUCGUUUCGCAAGGUGGCGUUUCGGAUAUCAAGUCAUUCAACCCAUCCACAUGGACUCUUUUCAUUGGCACUGCCAUUUUCACCUACGAAGGGAUUGGUUUGAUUAUCCCAAUUCAGGAGUCAAUGAAAGAACCACGUCGGUUCCCAGGCGUCCUUGCCGGUGUCAUGGUCCUCAUUACCAUUGUCUUCCUCUCUGCUGGUGCUCUCAGCUAUGCAGCUUAUGGCUCCGCGACGCAAACUGUGGUCAUUCUCAAUCUUCCUCAGGAUGAUAAAUUCGUGAAUGCGGUCCAAUUUCUGUAUUCUCUAGCAAUCCUGCUGAGCACCCCCCUACAACUAUUCCCUGCCAUUCGAAUCAUGGAAAAUGAACUUUUCACUCGCAGUGGCAAGUAUAACCCCGGGAUCAAGUGGAAGAAAAACUGCUUCCGUUUCUUUCUGGUCAUGAUUUGCGCGUUUGUUGCCUGGGGCGGAGCGGAUGACCUCGACAAAUUUGUCUCGCUCGUCGGCAGCUUCGCCUGUGUUCCUUUGAUUUACGUAUACCCGCCACUCCUUCAUCUCAGAGCUUGUGCGCAAUCAAGACGCCAGCAGAUCGCCGAUAUCGCUCUUUCCUGCUUUGGAGUCAUUUCCUGCAUAUAUACUACCUCAUUGACACUCCACAACUGGGUGAACUCUGACAACACCAAGCCUCCAGGAUACUGCGAUUCGUGA